CACGCGAGAUGUGAGCCGUUAUCAUGCUCUUCGCCGCCGUCUUAAGGGGCCGCGUCCGCAUGCGCCCCCGACUCUCCCCAACAACUCCGUCUCCUCUACUCCCUCUCCGCUCCCCACUCCUCCGAAGCCCUAACCGUAGUCCUAACCCUAAUACCCUCCUCCCCCUCCGAAACCCUAGCCCCUACGCAAACCCUAGCAACCUCGGAGCCAUGAAGGGCGGGGUCUACGUCCCGCCCAUCCCCCGCCUCCGCUCCGUCAUCGCCUCCGCCAACGGCUCCCUCGCCGAGCCGCCACGAUCCGCCUCCGCCGCCGACUCCGACUGGCGCGACGGCGGCGGCGGCCGGAGCGCCGUGCGCCGCAGCUCGCCGGGCGGCGCCGGCGACGGGUUCCCGUACUUCCGGCAGCAGAGCGCGCAUUACGCGCGGUCCGCGUACGACGACUGCUCGGACGACGACUCCGAUCGGGAUUGGGAGUGCUCCGCGGGUGCCAACAAGGGUUCUUCUACUCUUGACAAUGUUGAUGAAUGGAAGUGGAAACUAAGCAUGCUUUUGCGAAAUGAAAGUGAGCAAGAAGUGGUAUCAAGGGAGAGAAAGGACAGACGUGACUAUGAACAACUUGCAGCAUUAGCUGAUAGGAUGGGCUUGUACAGCCGCCAGUAUGCGAAAGUGGUGGUUUUUAGUAAGUUGCCUCUUCCUAACUACAGAUCGGAUCUUGAUGAGAAAAGACCACAAAGAGAGGUGUCUAUUCCUGGUGGGUUGCACAGAGAAGUUGAUAGUUUGCUGAGAGAAUACCUUGUCCGAAAGCACGCAAACCGUGGGUGCUUGUCUAGUGUUCCCUUUUCAAGGUCAAGCAGCUCCGACAGUUUCGCCACUGAUGAAGGCCUUUUCGACCGCCCUGACCCUCAGACUUCCACUAGUGUUGUUAUGGAAAAAAUUCUACGAAGAAGAAGUUUGCAACUGCGUAAUCAGCAACAGGCUUGGCAGGAAUCAUCAGAAGGUCAAAAGAUGCUAGAAUUUCGACGAAGUCUUCCUGCUUUUAAAGAAAGAGAAGCAUUGUUAGAAGCUGUAUCUCAGAAUCAGGUGAUUGUUGUUUCAGGUGAAACAGGAUGUGGGAAGACAACCCAACUACCUCAGUACAUCUUAGAAUCCGAGAUUGAUGCUGCUCGUGGAGCUACCUGCAGUAUCAUCUGUACUCAGCCGAGACGAAUAUCUGCGAUGGCUGUUUCUGAAAGAGUUGCUGCUGAAAGAGGAGAAAAGUUGGGUGAAUCUGUUGGCUAUAAAGUUCGAUUAGAAGGUAUGAAAGGGAGGGAUACUCGCCUGUUGUUCUGCACCACAGGAAUCCUCUUAAGGAGAUUGCUUGUGGACAGAAAUUUGAAAGGCGUAACCCAUGUUGUUGUAGAUGAAAUUCAUGAACGUGGCAUGAAUGAAGAUUUCCUUCUUAUUGUUCUGAAAGACCUCCUUCCGCGUCGGCCUGAACUUCGACUCAUACUAAUGAGUGCAACUCUCAAUGCUGAGCUAUUUUCUUCCUACUUUGGUGGGGCUCCAAUGAUACACAUACCUGGUUUUACCUACCCUGUUCGAACUCAAUUUUUGGAGAAUGUGCUCGAAAUAACAGGACACAGAUUGACACCUUACAAUCAGAUCGAUGACUAUGGACAAGAAAAAAGUUGGAAAAUGCAAAAACAAGCUCUGAGGAAGAGGAAGAGCCAGAUUGCAUCUGUUGUUGAAGAUGCACUGGAAGCUGCUGAUUUUAGGGACUAUAGUUCGAGGACUCGUGAAUCACUAGGAUGCUGGAACCCAGAUUCAAUAGGGUUUAACUUGAUAGAGAGCGUUUUAUGUCAUAUAUGUAGAAAAGAAAGACCUGGUGCUAUUUUGGUGUUUAUGACUGGGUGGGAUGACAUUAAUUCUCUAAAAGAGCAAUUGCAAGCUAAUCCGCUUCUUGGGGAUCCUACCAAGGUUUUGCUACUUGCAUGUCAUGGUUCCAUGGCUAGCUCAGAGCAGAAACUGAUAUUUGUAAAGCCUGAAGAUGGUGUGCGGAAGAUUGUUCUUGCCACCAAUUUGGCUGAGACUAGUAUCACGAUUAAUGAUGUUGUGUUUGUUGUUGAUUGCGGAAAGGCAAAAGAGACAUCCUAUGAUGCAUUGAAUAAUACCCCUUGUUUGCUUCCUACAUGGAUCUCCAAGGCUUCAGCUCGACAAAGGAGAGGAAGAGCUGGCCGUGUUCAGCCUGGAGAGUGUUACCAUCUUUAUCCACGAUGUGUAUAUGAAGCAUUUGCUGAUUACCAACUGCCAGAGCUUUUAAGAACACCGUUACAGUCCCUCUGUUUGCAAAUAAAAAGUUUGCGGCUUGGAAGCAUCUCGGAAUUUUUAUCUAGAGCAUUACAGUCGCCAGAAUCACUAUCGGUACAAAAUGCCAUUGAAUAUCUAAAAAUAAUAGGUGCACUGGAUGAGAAUGAGGAGUUAACUCUUCUAGGUCGACACUUGUCAAUGCUUCCGGUGGAACCUAAGUUAGGGAAGAUGCUCAUUCAUGGGGCUAUUUUUAACUGCCUUGAUCCUGUGCUAACAGUUGUCGCUGGCCUGAGUGUGAGGGAUCCAUUUUUGACUCCAUUUGACAAGAAGGAUCUUGCAGAUUCUGCGAAAGCCCAGUUCUCUUGCAGAGACUACAGCGACCAUCUCGCUUUGAUUCGAGCAUUCGAUGGUUGGAAAGACGCUGAAAGAGAUCAUUCUGGAUAUGAGUACUGCUGGAAGAAUUUCCUCUCUGCUCAAACGAUGAAAGCCAUCGAUUCACUUAGAAAGCAGUUUCACUUUCUGCUUAAGGAUACUGGUUUGGUUGAUGAAGGUUUUAGUGCGAGCAAUAAGUGGAGUAAUGAUGAGAAUCUCAUCCGUGCAGUAAUUUGCACGGGCUUGUAUCCUGGUGUUUGCUCAGUUAUGAAUAAAGAGAAGUCGAUAUCUUUGAAAACAAUGGAGGAUGGGCAAGUUAUGCUUUACUCGAAUUCUGUCAAUGGUAGGGAAGCUAGGAUUCCGUACCCAUGGUUAGUGUUCAAUGAGAAGGUGAAAGUAAAUUCAGUAUUUCUUCGGGACUCAACAGCAAUAUCUGAUUCUGUGCUGCUGCUCUUUGGAGGGAAUAUUUCACGAGGGGGACUAGAUGGGCAUCUGAAAAUGUUGGGUGGUUACUUGGAAUUCUUCAUGAAACCUGACCUAGCCUCAACUUAUCUGAACCUCAAGAGCGAACUCAACGAAUUAAUCCAGAGCAAACUGCUAAACCCUAGAAUGGACAUCCAAACCAGCGAGGAGCUCCUUUCGGCCAUCCGUUUGCUGGUCACUGAGGACCCAUGCAGCGGUCGGUUCAUCUUCGGUCGCCAGGAACUUAAACCCGAGAAAGCAAAAACACUUCUCUCGGUAAAAUCUGGUAGUGGUAGUGGUGGUGGUGGUGAUAAUCCUAAAAGCCAGCUUCAGACCCUGCUAACCCGGGCCGGGCACGACAACCCGGCCUACAAAACCAAACAGCUCAAGAACAGCCUGUUCCGAGCCACCGUUGAGUUCAAUGGGAUGCAGUUUGUCGGGCAGCCCUGCGGCAACAAGAAGCUCGCGGAGAAGGAGGCGGCUUCCGAGGCUCUUGAGUGGCUCAUGGGCGGCGCUUCAUCCGGCUCGCGAGAUGUCGAUCACAUGUCCGUGCUGCUCAAAUCUCGCAAGAAGAGGCAUCACCGGAGGACUUGAUAAACGGAAAAAAAAAUGGAAGACCAUUUGAUUUAAAUGCAUAGAUUGACAAUAGAUAGGAAACAAACUACAUGAAGCAGCUCCGUAGAUAAGCAUUUUUUGGUCGCGCCUGAUAAUUUUACGGGGUGAGGAAAUGUGGUUGUUGUAUUGGUUGGGGACACCAAAGAUAGUAAAAGAAAGGUGCGGUUGGGGAAAUACUUGUUUGUGUUGUACUCCUAAGAAUCGGUACUAUUGCGAAAGAGCGUACCAUGUAUGUUUGUAGUCGGAAAGGCGACGGAGGCCCUUUGUAUCAUACGCGACCUCUCCUCUUCAUGUGCUUAUUUUGCUCAUGGGGGAGCAUCCUAUUUUUAUACUGUCCAUACCUUUUACCAACAAGUUUACCACUAGUAUCGUACACC